UUGUGCAGCACCCUUUAAAGGGUGGCUUGUCCCAUGCAGGUUCUCUCUCCUGGUGCCGGGUUGCAGGCAGGUUUAUCACAGCAUCACCAUGAAGUCCAUCCCCUGCCUCUUGCUGGUGGCCUUGUCUUUCCUGGGGAUUUUGGGGCAGGCUCCAAGGCAAAAGCAAGGAAGCGCCGGGGAGGAAUUCCAUUUCCAGACUCGAGGGAGAGAUUCCUGCACUGCGCGCACCAGCAGCUCAGGGCAAGGUGCUGGGGAAGUCUGGCUUCGCGUCGACUGCCACAACCAAACCCAGGCAUACUGGUGCGAGUAUAGCGGGCGGCCCGGUGUGUGCCAGGCCUUUGCGGCUGACCCCAAGCCUUACUGGAACCAAGCCCUGCAGGAGCUGAGGCACCUUAGCCACACGUGCCAGGGAGCCCCGGUACUGAGGCCGUCUGUGUGUCAGACGGCCGGGCCCCAGGCGCACAUGCAACAGGUGGCUUCCAGCCUCAAGGGUAGCCCAGAGCCCAAGAAGCACCCGGAGACGACCAAGGCUUGGAAGCCAUCUCCCAGGCCCGGGGCUCCAGCGAAACCCAUGAAAGCAAUUCAGCUGGGAAAGGACUCCAUGAAAAAUCUGGAACAAGCCAAACCCACCACCCAAGCCACUGUCAAGGCUACCCAGGCUGGACCCAGGUCUGCAGGGAAUGCGGAAGCAGAGAAGAAGACCUGGGAGCACUGUUGGAAGCCUCUCCAGGCCCUGUGUGCCUUUCUCAUCAGCUUGUUCCGAGGGUGA